UUGUAUUCCUGGUUUCCUCUGUGUAGUUGAGGUGGUAGUGAUUUGGGGUGGGGAUGGAGGCUGGGGUGCCUGGUUUCACAUACUUCUGCCCUCAGUUUGAAGGUGUGACUUCUCGGGAGUCUGCUUUCUCCUGAGAAGAGGAGGAGGAGGAGAAGGAGGAGAAAAAUGGCCCUUUCAUUUCUAAAGGUGAUAUCACAGGAAUCCGUGAAACUGAGAGAUGUGGCUGUGAUCUUUUCUCCGGACCAGUGGGCUUAUCUGAGCUCGGAAGAGAAACAACUGUACAAAGAUGUGAUGCUGGAGAGCUGUGAUUAUCUAGUGUCUUUGGGACAUUGGACUUAUAAGGCAGAAGUGAUAUCGGCUUUGAGGGAAGGGGAGGACCUCUGGAUGGUGGAGAACGAGGUGACCAGUGCUCCGUGCCCAGCAUGUCAGCCAGCAUUGGUGAAUUAUCAUGCCCUUAAUGAAUCUGAGAAUAUCAUCAGACAAAUAUCUCACCAUGCUAAAUAUAAAAAACGUUGUACUUUUGUCCAGCGUUAUGAAUGUGAGGACUGCAGCAUGGCUUUCAACCAUAUCUCCCAUCUUACUGGACAUCAGAGAAUUCACAAGGUAGAGAAAGCCCAUGGCCAGGGUCAAAAAACAAGAGCCUUUAGGCAUUGCUCAUCAUUUACAACACUCCAAAGAAUUUAUAUUCUAGCUAAAUCCUUGGAGUGUAACCAAUGUGGCAAAACCUUUAACAGCACGUCGAAGUUUAUUCAACACCAGAAUGUGCACAGUGGACUGAAGCCAUACAGAUGUGGUGUGUGUCAGAAGGCCUUCAGGUUUCUCUCCUCCUUUAACACACACCAGAGAUUUCACAUCGGCAAGAGACCGAAUCUGAUUCUCCAUGAAAAACCUCCCACUCAAAUGAAACUCUUUACCUGUUAG